AUCAUCAGUUUGAUCGAUUUUUAUAUAUCAUCGACUUGGUUCUAUUGAUUUAUCUUCCUUAGUAGUAGUAAUUUCAAAGCUUUAAUUUCUUCAUUCAUGGCGGAAUCAAACGAAAACGUACCUGCUCAAAAAUUUCCGCUCGAAAAUCGGGUAGCUAUCGUUACCGGAUCUUCUCGCGGCAUCGGAAAAGCGAUUGCACUUCAUUUAGCUUCUCUCGGUGCUAAGCUCAUCAUCAACUAUUCCUCCUCAAACUCCACUACUCUAGCCGACGACGUCGUAUCUCAAAUCAAUUCUAAUAAAUCCAUGAAUAAUUCCGCCGUAUCUGCUGUCGCCGUUAAAGCUGAUAUCUCAGAUCCAGACUCAGUGAAAUCCCUAUUUGACGCAGCUGAAUCAGCUUUUCAAUCUCCGGUCAACAUCUUAGUGAACUCCGCCGCCGUGUGUGACGAAAAGCGUCCAACGAUCAUGAAUACAGAUCUCAACGAUUUCGAUUUGACUUUUAGUGUGAAUACUCGUGGAUCCUUUUUAUGCUGUAAGGAAGCUGCGAACAGAAUGAUCAAACGCCGCGGCGGAGGAAGGAUUAUAUGUGUGACGUCAUCUGCGUCAGCGUCGUUUCGGGCUGGGAACGGUGCGUACACGGCGUCGAAGGCGGCGGUGGAAGCAAUGGUGAAAAUACUGGCGAAGGAACUAAAAGGAACAGGAAUAACGGCGAAUUGUGUGGCGCCGGGACCGAUAGCGACGGAUAUGUUUUUCAAUGGAGCAACGGAAGAGAAAGUGAAGAAGGUGAUUGAUGAGUGUCCACAUGGAAGACUUGGCCAGUCGGAGGAUGUUGCUCCGGUCGUCGGAUUUUUGGCCGGAGAUGCUUCUGAAUGGGUGAAUGGACAGAUUAUUCGUGUCAAUGGCGGUUACAUCUGAUCAGUUACUUAGUUGCAUGCGAGAUUUUUCUGUAGUGUUGGUUUUAACUUAUUAACAAGUUGAAUAAAGUUGUUCGUACUCCUUUGUUACUCCCUCAGAUUACUUUUACUUAUUUCUUGUGAUUUUUGAAAGCCAAAUUAUAUUUAUUUUGA